UUUGUAUGCAUAACUAAUGUAUCUGUUCUCCUGUAUGUUUCCUGCUUCACAUCCUCGUGUAUUCUUCGUAAAUAUGACAGUUUGGGUCAGUCUGUUCGUGUUGAUGUUCGCCUGGUCAGCAGAGAGCGCACAGAAACAAGACGUGCCAGUGAUAGAUGUGUUGAGUUUGGAUGAUGUGAAGCAGACCGUGGCUGCAGUGGAGAAGGUCUCUUUUGCUCUGAAGACUCUCAGUGAUGUGUAUGUGUUGUCUACCUUCCGUCUGCCUCCUAAACUGGGUGGAGUUCUACUGGGCCUCUACAACAAGCAGGACAACAAGAAAUACCUGGAGAUUGCCAUCAUGAGCAAGAUUAACAAAGUUCUGGUCCGGUACGUUCGUGAAGAUGGAAAACUGCACACAGUGAAUCUGCAGAGCCCCAGUGUUGCAGAUGGACGCCCUCAGUCUCUUAUUCUCCGCGUCGGUGGUCUGCGCAGAGAGUAUCUGAGUCUUGAGCUGUAUGUGAACUGCCGUCUGGCUGACCUUGCCCAGAGGCUGCCCCCAUUGGUCACCCUGCCCAAAGACGCAGAGCUGGUGGAGAUUCGAAAUGGCCACAAGGCUUAUGCUCGAAUGCAUGGCUCAGUGGGGUCUCUUAAACUGGCACUAGGGGGCACUGUUGCACAAGCUGGGGCUCUCACCGACUGCCCCUUUCAGGGAGACGCCUCUUCAUAUAAUACAGUGAAUGGUGAGGUGAAUUCUAUUCUAGGUGACCACACUAAAGCUCUGAUUGGACAGCUCAUCAUAUUUAAUCAGAUCCUGGGAGAGCUGAGAGAGGACAUCCGAGAACAGGUGAAAGAAAUGUCUCUCAUCAGGAAUGCCAUUCAAGAGUGCCAAGUGUGUGGAUUUCAUGAGCCACGUUUGCGCUGUCAACCCAACCCCUGCUUUAAGGGCGUGGCUUGCAUGGAGACAUUCGAUUUCCCAGGGUACCGCUGCGGCCCCUGUCCAGAGGGCACGACAGGGAAUGGCACACACUGUCAGGACAUAGAUGAGUGUGCACAGGCUCAGCCAUGUUAUUCACCAGGUGCCUGUAUUAACACAGCAAAAGGUUUUACCUGUGAUCCCUGCCCAUUAGGUUUGUGGGGCCCUCCUCUCUUUGGAGUCGGUCUGGAAUUUGCUAAGAAGCACCAACAGGAAUGCUCUGAUAUCGAUGAGUGUGUUGGUUUAACCAGUGCUUGCACACCCAACUCCAUUUGCAUCAACACCAUCGGAUCAUAUAGAUGUGGUCAGUGUAUGGUUGGGUAUGUUGGAAAUCAGACAGCUGGAUGUUUUCCUCGGAAAUCAUGUUCUUCCCUCAGUUUCAACCCCUGUGAUGUUAACGCACAUUGCGUCAUUCAGCGGAACGGAGUCGUGACCUGCGCUUGUAAUGUUGGAUGGGCAGGUAACGGUCACACCUGUGGAAAGGACACAGAUAUUGACGGUUAUCCAGAUCGCUCUCUGCCCUGCAUGGACAACGACAAGCACUGCAAACAGGAUAACUGCGUCUUCACGCCCAACUCUGGCCAGGAAGAUGCAGACAAUGAUGGGAUUGGAGACCAGUGCGAUGAGGAUGCAGACGGAGAUGGAAUAAAGAAUGUAGAGGAUAACUGUCGGCUGGUUUCCAAUAAAGAUCAGCAGAACUCGGACACUGAUUCGUUUGGUGAUGCGUGCGAUAACUGCCCUACCGUCCCCAACAUUGAACAGAAAGAUACAGACAACAAUGGAGAGGGAGACGCCUGUGAUGACGACAUCGAUGGAGAUGGAAUCCAAAACGUGCUGGAUAACUGUCCCAAAGUGCCAAACCCGAUGCAGACGGACCGGGAUGGAGACGGAGUGGGUGAUGCAUGUGACAGCUGUCCUGAGAUUAGCAACCCCAUGCAGACAGACAUAGACAAUGACUUAGUGGGGGAUGUUUGUGACACCAACCUAGACACUGAUGGAGACGGACAUCAGGACACUCGAGAUAACUGCCCCAACAUUCCAAACAGCUCUCAGCUGGACUCAGAUAAUGACGGCAUCGGAGAUGACUGUGACGAUGAUGACGAUAACGACGGGAUCCCAGAUAAUCUGACCAUCAACGGCAUCGGACCUGAUAACUGCAGACUUAUUUCCAACCCCAACCAGAAAGACUCGGACAGUAAUGGGGUCGGUGAUGUAUGUGAGAAUGACUUUGACAAUGAUGCUGUACUGGAUUUCAUUGACGUGUGUCCCGAAAGUGCUGAAGUUACACUCACAGAUUUUAGAGCCUAUCAGACAGUGAUACUGGACCCUGAGGGCGACGCUCAGAUUGACCCGAAUUGGGUGGUGCUCAAUCAGGGUAUGGAGAUUGUUCAAACCAUGAACAGCGACCCAGGGUUGGCAGUGGGUUACACAGCAUUUAAUGGUGUGGACUUUGAGGGUACGUUUCACGUUAACACAGUGACUGACGAUGACUAUGCCGGCUUCAUCUUUGGCUAUCAGGAUUCAUCCAGUUUUUAUGUGGUGAUGUGGAAGCAGACAGAGCAGACAUACUGGCAGUCUAUCCCCUUCAGGGCCAUGGCUGAACCAGGCCUUCAGCUCAAGGCGGUGAAGUCUCGUACAGGCCCUGGGGAGUUUCUUCGUAACGCUUUAUGGCACACAGGAAAUACAGAUGGAGAAGUGAAACUUCUGUGGAAAGACCCACGAAACAUCGGCUGGCAAGACAAAACUUCGUACCGCUGGCAGCUUACCCACCGGCCACAGGUCGGCUACAUCAGGAUGAAGCUCUACGAAGGCACUGAAAUGGUGGCUGACUCAGACGUUGUGAUUGACACCACCAUGAGAGGAGGGCGCUUGGGCGUGUUCUGCUUUUCUCAAGAGAACAUUAUUUGGUCCAAUCUGCGCUACCGCUGUAACGAUACCAUUCCAGAUGACUUUAAUCCACAUCGUAAACAGGUUCUAAUGCACAUAAAGGUGUGAAGGGAUUGAGACACCCCCGUCUCUCUCAAGACCUCCUGAAAUCCAGUGUGGGGCCACUGAACUCCUGUGUUUGAUGGACCAAACAAUCACGACAGAAGAGUGAUUUACCCUGCAUCUGUGUCACUUUGGAUUGAAGAGACUGAGUGAAAGGAGAUAAAAGAACAAAUUUUACUUUUAAAGGAAUAUUUCACCCAAAAAUGAGAAUUCUCUCAUCAUUUACUCAUCCUUAUGUCAUCUCAAACUCGUAUGACUUUCUUUCUUCCACGGAACACAAACAA